UAUUAUAAAAAAAAAAUUUGUUUUAUUAAUUAAUAAAAGAGCACUCUUUCGAAGAGAUUUUUAGAUUAAGAUCGAAAUCUGACAACCCUAGUAAGCGGUUUAUUUAUGUUAUAAAGGAGUUGACUCCUGGUGGAAUUGCGGUUUAUUAAUAAAUGUUUUUUAUAAUAAAUGUUCGCUUUUAAGAGUUCAAUUUAAAUCAAAAAGUUUCAAUUAAAUGGAAUAAUGGAUAUCGAAGAUGAUACAAUAAUGGACGAGAUUGAAACGGAUGAGUUAUAUCAGCAGCAGGACUUCGAGUUUACGCGUUUAUCAGAUAUGGUUAGAAAACAUUACCUGCAGUAUUUGGAAAAACAAUUGAAUGAGAACUUUACAAAUUGGCAAAAAGGACAAAUGGAUGGCUUGGAAAAUUGGGAAUCCAUAAAACAAACAGCGGCAGUUUUGGAAGAAAAAGCUAUAAAAGCUUGCAUGAUGGCUAAAAUAUAUCAAAGACAUAUGGUGAAAAUUAUAGCCAAUGUCCGACAAUACACACAAGAGAACCGUUUAGUAAAUCAACUGGAAAUGUUUUUGAGGGAUCGGAAAGUGCAGGAAAAUAAUAAGUAUCAUCAUAAAACUACACAAACUCAAGAUAAUAACGAAAAUAAUGAAGAGAGGACAGUAAAAUUAAAUGAACAACAGUAUAAAAAGAGUUUCGCAAAAGUGUACGAAGGUGAUUGUAAGAUUGAUAAACAUACAAUAAGUUUAGAGCAGAAAAUUCAAAUGUUUCAAGAACACUUAUACAGAGAAAAUACAAUUAAAGCGGCCUCUGUUCUAAAAAAAUCAAUACCGCGGGCAGUAUGCAGAAGGCCGCGCAAACGUUUAAAAAAAUGCAGACUUAUGACACCCAAAGAAGAACCAUUGCAGAAGGAUGAGGCAGGCUCUCAUCUACCGGAAAUAGUCACAAAUCCCUCAUUUCCGUCGCAGCCAAUAGAAAGUAGUCAAAACAGCAACAUAGUGCAUGGAAGCGAAGUAUGCGACAUUCACGAUACUGUGGCCUUGGAGCUGGCGCAAUUGUUUAAUGAGGAGAAGACUGAACUGGAUGAAAUUUUCGGUAUAGAUCCGAAUGAAGAGCCCGAUGAUCCGCAGAUUCGCCGCAUACUCAAAGAAAUCGAAAACGCUAAAAUAAACGAUAAAACAGGCGAUACACCCACCCAACAUAACUCGGAUUGUAAUCAAAUUAAAAAGGAUCCAGCACCUACACUAACUACAGCAAAUUCCGCCAAGUUAACCCCUCUUCCGCCGCAAAACGACACAGUUACGCACAAAUCAAGUAAGAAUUCUGCCAACUGCACAGAUCUCACUAAGAGUGAAUGGCCUUGUGAAUUAUAUAUGCAACGCAGGAAAUUAAGUGAGUCUUUAUCCCGAUUGGUAGAUGAGGAUUUCCGUUGGGUUGACAUUAUGAAGUGGAAAUUUGCCGAACUGUUCGGUGAAGAUAGUGAUGACGAAUUUGCCGCUUGUAGUCCCAGUAUUGAAUUAGAUGAAGUGCUCAUAAACAGUUGCGUGCGCCGCAUAUCGCCGUGGAUGGUCAAACAUCUUAUGAAACCAAUGAAAGAUGGUUUAAUUGGUAAUCGAUUCUUGUUUAAAAAAUUAGGCAAACAAUUGGCCCGUAAAAUAAUAAUGGAGAAUCAGUAUCCAGAUGAACCUUUUAUUAGACGCUGUGUCGAAAAUUUCUUUUGCCUGCAUCAGGCUGUGAUGUCGCUGGAUGACAUAGUUGAUAUAGAUAAUAUAUCUCUAGAAUGUUAAGUCCGCUUAACUUGUUUGAAAAUUUUAAUAUAAAAUUUUAGGCAAUCGUUCAAACCAAAAGCCAGUAGAUUAAACCCUUUUUCCUAACAAAUAAUAAAAAAGUAUUUAGUAAACUUACCACAUUCACUUCUUCACUCAAGUCUACAUGUUGCCACAACAGUUCAUUUAUUAUGCAUGUAUUUUGCUUAGGCCGCACUUAAAGAAAGAAAAAGUUUCAUCUUAUAUAACCCAAGAGAACGGGAAGAAGAAAAGGAACUACGUGAAAAAGCGAGUGAAUAAUAAAAAGAAUAUUGCUGUUGUGUUCACGAAUACAAUGAUUUUUUAUCCUUUUCUUUCAUUUUUCUUUUUAUAAUUUAUAUAAAUUUUUUAAAUAGUUUUUCUUUCAUAUUUUAUUUUUAAAUAAACGAAUAUUAUGUCGCAACUGCUGCUGUGCAUACACAUCCCUUAACAUUAUAAUCCUGAUUAUCAAUUAUGAUCCAUUUCGACAAAGAAAAAUCAAACAGACGAACAUUUUGCAGGUGGCGCGCCUUGACUUCUAUUUUUUUUUUUUUUUGCAAACAAAUACGUCCUUGAUUGAUUGACUGAUUAACAUAAACAUAAUCCAUGUGCAUAUAAAUCCAUAGAUACUGACAAAGAAUAAUGCCCUCAUCGCUGCCUUGAUAGUAUCUACACUUGUUGAUGAUGAAAGGCGACGUUUUACGUACACAUGUAUUUAAUAAUCUUGUUUAAUAUUUUGUUUGCUGCUGAUGAAAAGUUACUGUAGUGGUCUUUAUUUUUACGGCUAUUGAUGCUUUUAAUUAUGCUGCGUUUGAUUACAAUGUCGUUCUCGCUGUUGUAGUUGCAAUUACUUUUUUUAUUGUUAGUAUUACUAUACUUUUUGUUGUUGUUGUUGUUGUUGCUGUAUUUAUUACGGUUGUGUUGUUUGUGUGGUUGUAAAUUGGCGGGACAAUGAGGAUGAUAA